AUGUCUCAACUGGAUCAAAUGAGAGCGCAGUUUCAAGAACGGCACAACAUGAGGAGUGGCUUGCCGAGGCCAACAAAGAGCAGUAUACCGGCUCCUACUUCGAGGCUCCCUACUGUAGCUGCUUCGCGAGGGGGAAGCGAUGUUCGUGACGGCCCCCUAAAUGGGAUUUCAGCGACGCAUAUUACAUCGAAGAACCAUGGUGAUCCAGUAGCCGCCAACAAGAUUGCUGUCAGAAAUGGCAUUUCACAUACUGGAUCUGCAAAGCUCAACGGACACACGAAGGCACCAGCAUCAGUGGCGCCACCACAACCUCGAGCUGGGGGAGGAGGAGUGCUCACAACGAUGACGACUGCUCAACUGAGGAAUCUGGCAAUCUCACGCCAGACCAAUGGGAGUGCUGCAAACACGGGUGUGCCUUCAAAUAAGGUGGCUCCAAGGGCAGUCGCAUCAAACAUUACAAAGCCUGCGUACAGGAAGCCUCUUGCCCCAGCACAGAGGAAACCAGUGGAACCUGCAGUGAGAACCAAAGCGCCCGAACCAGCGAAAAAGAUUACAGCGAUUACACCUUCCCAGCCCCCAGCCUCAUCUGUGCGAAAGCCUGUUUCUGCUUCCAAGCCUUCAACUUUGACUUCGAGAAGCGCGCCCGUCCCCAGGACCACAUCCGCGAAAGGAACCGACCAGAAGGGGGCCUCAAAAGCGGUUCUUCCAGCGGAACGACCGCUGGGUCCCAACCAGGAGAGGUGCGACAUCUGCGGCCGCGGUUUCGACAAAGACCGCAUCGAGAAACACAGGGGAAUCUGCAAGAAGGCUGCCUCCAAGAAGGUGAAGGUGUUCGACGCGACCAAGAUGAGGACGAAGGGAACGGAGGUGGAAGCCUACGUCAAGCGUGGUCUCCACAAGAAGCAAGUUCCCGUGAAGAAAUCCAACUGGCGAGCGCAACACGAAGAGUUCAUCGCCACUGUGCGUCAGGCCAAGCAGGUCCAGGAACACCUGGCAGCCGGAGGGAAGCUGUCCGACCUGCCUCCGCCUCCGCCGUCAUCCAACCCGGACUACGUGCCCUGCCCCCACUGCGGUCGCAAGUUUAACGAAUCCGCGGCAGAGAGGCACAUUCCCCGUUGCAAGGAGAUGUCCACGCGUAAACCUGCAUCUGCUGCCGCCUCUCGAAAGCCAAGCGGCUACAGGUAACCUUGGAAGUGAGUCAGCUGGCAGACAACGUUGAUGAGCUAUGGACCAAAGGGUGCGGGUGCAGCCCAUGCUACUUGUCUUCCUAUUUUACACAAAAUGCCGUUGUUGAUGACGCAAGCCGAUACGUUGGCUUGUCUUGGCUUUACAAGUGGCCCAACAAAUACGUUCAGAUCACUGAUCAAUCGACCACUAUACAAAGUAGCUGCCUGCGAAGGCGGCCACGGCGCCGAUUAAUUCUCGUAUCAUGUCGCCCUGGGUAUCUUAUCAGUUGAAGAUUAUGCCUACUGACCAAGCAGGAUCUCUCUGCUGUCUCAUAUUGCCCUUGAGACACACACACUUUUGUCAUCUUAAUCUCUGUUUAUUAUGUGGGGCCAAAUCACGGUUUUUGUCUUCCAACCUAAAGCAUUCUGUAGCCCUUUGUUUGAUGCUGCGGCUUCUUAUUAAAGUUGUUUUUCCAAGUUCGUG